AAACAUGAUCAUAUCGGAUUGGAUGCAUGGAUAACCUAAAGUGGAUCCAAUAGAUGGGGCGGAUUAGCUAUAGACGGAUGCAUGAUUGGGUUGUGAUUACCAACAUCUGUAGUGCAUUUUAUUAAAACGGUCAAAGGUUAGACAGCAAAUAAGGGUGUGUGUGAUGUGAUACUUGAACUUCAGUCCGUGCUGAUAUAAAGCACAAUCAAGCUUCGCCGCGCCACAGCCGGCAACAUUCUUGUAUUGCACCAGAAAGGUUUGCAGCAUUUGCAGUGCAGUCAGUAGUGACAACGUUAAGUGCAUGGCCAUCAUGAAGUUGGUAGCGUUUGUAUGCAUUUUGACUGCUGUCAUCGUGGAUGUGUGGGGACAGGAUGACUAUGAUGUACGUCUUGUGAAUGGUGGCAGCGCUCUAGAGGGUAGGGUGGAGAUAUACCUGUACGGAUCAUGGUGGACAGUGUGUGAUGCCUCGUGGGAUCUCAAUGAUGGCACCGUUGUUUGCCGGCAACUGGGUUAUGGCAUUGCAUCAUCGGUUCCUAGAUCGGCAUUCUUUGGCCCAGGUAAAGGGAAGAUACUGAACGUGGACUGCCAAGGGUUUGAAGAAGUCUUAUCUGGAGGCUGUAAGUUUACAAAUAGCAGUGCGGAUCUUUGCAAUCACAAUGACGAUGGCGGGGUCAUCUGCACUGGAGAAACCACCGGUCAAUUACGUCUAGUGGGUGGUCGCACCCCUCUGGAGGGUCAGGUGCAGGUCAACGUCAGCAAUACUUGGGGAACAAUCUGCAAUGAAUAUUGGAGCCUGGAUGAUGCCACAGUCGUGUGCAGGCAGCUGGGAUAUGGUGUACCCUUGGCAGUUGUUCCCAGCUCUUAUUUUGGCAUGGGUGAUUACCAUUUGCUUUUUGCUGUGGUUGCCUGCACUGGGAAGGAGGAACGCCUGCUGGAUUGCCUGCUGAACUACGUACAUUCAGGGGGCGACUCCUGCCAUUCUCCUACUGCUGGGGUCAUCUGUACUGGAAACAAUUACACAGGUCAGAUACGUCUUGUAAACGGUACCAAUACCUUAAAAGGUCGAGUGGAGGUAGGCCUAUCUGCUAAUAACGAGACUCAGUGGGGAACAGUCUGCAGCGAUAUCUGGGAUUUCCACGAUGCUAUAGUUGUCUGUUCGCAGUUGGGCUUUAAGGCUGAGGAAUCAUAUUAUAAGCUUGGUCAAGGCGACGAGGACGUAGCAUUGCAUGGCGUCUCAUGUGCAGGGCUAGAGAACAGCUUACUGGAAUGUCCACGGAACGCCAACAUCAGCUGCACUCGUACCCAGUCCUAUACCCCCUGGGUUACCUGUGCACUCCCAGACGAACAUGACUUACGGUUGCGCUAUGGUACCAACCAUCUAGAGGGCAGGGUUGAGGUUUACGAAAAUGGUACUUGGGGAACAGUCUGUGAUGAUGGAUGGGACAUCACAGAUGCUACCGUGGCUUGUUGGCAGCUAGGUUACGGCAAGGCAACCUCAGCCCCCGGAUCGGGAUACUUUGGCCAUGGCCAGGGCAUCGGGAACAUCACGAUAGCUUUAGGCAAUGUUGGCUGCAAGGGGACAGAAAACAGCCUACAUGAUUGCCAACGCGGGAGCACCAAAUACUGUACACAUGAUGAGGACGCUGGGGUUUUUUGUUCUCGACCAGGUGUUUUUGACAUACGGCUUAUCAAUGGUAGCAACUCUAUGGAAGGCCGCGUAGAGGUUUAUGACAAUGGUCGUUGGGGCACGGUCUGUGAUCAUAGUUGGGAUAUGGAUGAUGCAAGCGUGGUGUGUCGGCAGCUGGGCUUCAAACAGGCUACUGCAGCUCCAGGGUCGGCACACUUCGGACAGGGCAGCGGGUACGUCAUCCUAGGUAAUGUUGCCUGUAGAGGAACGGAGAGCAGGCUGGGUUACUGUCCGAGGGACAUGAAUCCCAUCUGUCAACAUGACCAAGAUGCUGGCGUUGUCUGUAGUAACGUCGAUCCACCAGAGGAAUAUGACGUACGUCUUAGGGGUGCCGGCGCCGAUGAUGAGGGUCGUGUGGAGGUGUACGUGAACGGAGCUUGGGGAACAGUCUGCGAUGAUGGAUGGGACAUCGCCGAUGCUACAGUUGUGUGCCGACAGCUGGGUUUUACAAAGGCUAAGUCAGCCGUUAGCUCUGCGGCUUUCGGCCAGGGCACCGGGAAUAUAGUUUUCGAUAAUGUUGCUUGUAAAGGCACAGAAAACCGUUUACAUGACUGUCCGUAUUUUAUCACCAACGACUGCAGCCACUCUGAAGAUGCUGGCGUCAUCUGCAAAUCACUAGAGCUAUAUGACGUACGUCUAGUGAGUGGUAGCAACGCUAUGAAAGGCCGGGUGGAGGUGUACGUAGGCGGUUCUUGGGGAACAGUCUGCGAUGACCAAUGGGGCAUCAACGAUGGUACAGUGGUGUGUUGGCAGCUUGGCUACUCUAAGGCCAUCUUAGCCCCUGGAUCGGCGUACUUUGGCCGGGGCAGCGGGGAUAUAGCUAUGACAGAGGUGACCUGUACAGGGUCUGAAAGCACCUUGGACAGCUGUCAUUGGAGUUCUUUUGUGGGUUCUUGCAGUCAUUAUGAAGAUGCUGGCGUCAUCUGCGGUGAAGAGGAAAUGGCUGAAGAAGGAUCUGUGCGACUUGUGGAUGGUAGUACACAGUAUGAAGGGCGCGUGGAGAUAUAUCUGAAUGGUCGAUGGGGGACAGUUUGUGAUCGGUCGGGUUGGGAUAACGACGCGGCUGAUGUUGUCUGCAAACAACUUGGUUUUGGAGAUGCAGCAACAUAUUUGUAUACCAAAGUGGGAACUGGUGCCAUUUUGAUUGACUCUGUUUUCUGCAAUGGGAGAGAGAGUCAGUUGAAGGAUUGCUCGUACGACACGUCAGUAAGUUCCUUCUGUAUCCACUCAGACGAUGCUGGAGCAAAAUGCUAUGCAACUGGAUCUCUGUCUGGUGUUGCAGUUGCCUUCAUUGUGUUUGGAUCAGUAUUAGCAGCUGGCUUUCUCGGCCUUUUAGCCAUCAACUGUUGGCGCUUCUUGUCCAGACGUUCCCGCGCUCCGCAGAGUGUGAGUGGAGGUCAGAUGACCGGUGAUGGAAUGAGAGCGACGCUUGUCCACGCAGUGUAUGACCCUCAUACAGAUGACCUGCCUCCCCAGUGUAGUGACGUCAUCGGUCACCCAUCGGACCGUCUCCAGGCCAAUCCUAGUGGUCCGUACCUCACCACUCCCAAUCCAUCAUAUCCCUCGGGCCAAGCCUAUCCAGCCACCCUGCAAUAUCCUCCAGGCCAGAAUCUUACUGGUCAGCAGAAUCUUACUGGUCAGCAGAAUCUUACUGGCCAGCAGAAUCUUACUGGCCAGCAGAAUCUUACUGGCCAGCAGAAACUUACUGGCCAGCAGAAUCUUACUGGCCAGCAGAAUCUUACUGGCCAGCAGAAUCUUACUGGCCAGCAGAAUCUUACUGGUCAGCUAAACCCUGCUGGUCAGCUAAACCCUGCAGGCCAGCAAACUUACCCUGGCGAACAAAACCCAGCUGACCAGCAAGAGCCUACUGCCCAAACCUCUGACCAAUCCACUUUAAAGGAAUCACAAUCAAGCUACAGCCGGCAACAUUCUUGUAUUGCACCAGAAAGGUUUGCAGCAUUUGCAGUGCAGUCAGUAGUGACAACGUUUAAGUGCAUGGCCAUCAUGAAGUUGGUAGCGUUUGUAUGCAUUUUGACUGCUGUCGUCGUGGAUGUGUGGGGACAGGACGACUAUGAUGUACGUCUUGUGAAUGGUGGCAGCGCUCUAGAGGGUAGGGUGGAGAUAUACCGGUACGGAUCAUGGGGGACAGUGUGUGAUGCCUCGUGGGAUCUCAAUGAUGGCACCGUUGUUUGCCGGCAACUGGGUUAUGGCAUUGCAUCAUCGGUUCCUGGAUCGGCAUUCUUUGGCCCAGGUAAAGGGAAUAUACUGAACGUGGACUGCCAAGGGUUUGAAGAAGACUUAUCUGGAGGCUGCAAGUUAACAAAUAGUUUUGGGAAUCUUUGCAACCACAAUGAUGAUGGCGGGGUCAUCUGCACUGGAGAAACCACCGGUCAAUUACGUCUAGUGGGUGGUCGCACCCCUCUGGAGGGUCUGGUGCAGGUCAACGUCAGCAAUAAUUGGGGAACAAUCUGCAAUGAAUAUUGGAGCCUGGAUGAUGCCACAGUCGUGUGCAGGCAGCUGGGGUAUGGUGUACCCUUGGCAGUUGUUCCCGACUCUUAUUUUGGCGUGGAUUUUUUCGAUGUGCUUUUUGCUGUGGUUGCCUGCACUGGGAAGGAGGAACGCCUGAUGGAUUGCCUGCUGAACUACGUACAUGUAGGGAGCCCCUGGUCCUGCACGUCUCAUCAUAUUGUUGUUAGUGCUGGGGUCAUCUGUGCUGGAAACAAUUACACAGGUCAGAUACGUCUUGUAAACGGUACCAAUACCUUAGAAGGUCGAGUGGAGGUAGGCGUAUCUGCUAAUAACGAGACUCAGUGGGGAACAGUCUGCAGCGAUAGCUGGGAUUUCCACGAUGCUAUAGUUGUCUGUUCGCAGUUGGGCUUUAAGGCUGAGGGAUCAUAUUAUAAGCUUGGUCAAGGCGACGAGGACGUAGCAUUGCAUGGCGUCUCAUGUGCAGGGCUAGAGAACAGCUUACUGGAAUGUCCACGGAACGCCAACACCAGCUGUACCCAGUCCCUUACCCCCUGGGUUACCUGUGCUCUCCCAGACGAACAUGACUUACGGUUGCGCUACGGUACCAACCAUCUAGAGGGCAGGGUUGAGGUAUACGAAAACGGUACUUGGGGAACAGUCUGUGAUGAUGGAUGGGACAUCACAGAUGCUACCGUGGUGUGUUGGCAGCUAGGUUACGGCCAGGCAACCUCAGCCCCCGGAUCGGGAUACUUUGGCCAGGGCCAGGGCAUCGGGAACAUCACGAUAGCUUUUGGCAAUGUUGGCUGCAAGGGGACAGAAAACAGCCUACAUGAUUGCCAACGCGGGAGCACCAAAUUCUGUACACAUGAUGAGGACGCUGGGGUUUUUUGUUCUCGACCAGGUGAUUUUGACAUACGGCUUAUCAAUGGUAGCAACUCUAUGGAAGGCCGCGUAGAGGUUUAUGUCAAUGGUCGUUGGGGCACGGUCUGUGAUCAUAGUUGGGAUAUGGAUGAUGCAAGCGUGGUGUGUCGGCAGCUGGGCUUCAAACAGGCUACUGCAGCUCCAGGGUCGGCACACUUUGGACAGGGCAGCGGGUACGUCACCCUAGGUAAUGUUGCCUGUAGUGGAACGGAGAGCAGGCUGGGUUACUGUCCGAGGGACAUGAAUCCCAUCUGUCAACAUGACCAAGAUGCUGGCGUUGUCUGUAGUAACAUCGAUCCACCAGUAAAAAAAACAUUACCUAAAGUGAAGAAGAUUGUUUUUUUAGACAUAAGGAAAAUACAAAAAGAGGAAUAUGACGUACGUCUUAGGGGUGCCGGCACCGAUGAAGAGGGUCGUGUGGAGGUGUACGUGAACGGAGCAUGGGGAACAGUCUGCGAUGAUGGAUGGGACAUCGCCGAUGCUACAGUUGUGUGCCGACAGCUGGGUUUUACAAAGGCUAAGUCAGCCGUUAGCUCUGUUUUCGGCCAGGGCACUGAGAAAAUAGUUUUCGAUAAUGUUGCUUGUAAAGGCACAGAAAACCGUUUACAUGACUGUCCGUUAGAUACCACCACCGACUGCAGCCACGCUGAAGAUGCUGGCAUCAUCUGCAAAUCACUAGGUUACUAUCCUAUCUACAAAGUUUCACUCCUUGGGUAUUGGCGACUAAUAGCUUGUAUUAAAGACUCUGUCAACGUACACUGUACGAUCGACGGAGUCCAGGAAAUAAACAUCUCAAAACCGAAAAAAAAAUCUGAAAAAAAUCUCAAAACUAACCAGUGUGAAUCCGCUGAAGCUCACUGUACCAUUUGAGUGUCAUGUGCAAUCUUCAUUUUACCACAAAUUGGUUAAGUAAACUCUUAAGAUAUCACAUAGAUUAUAUAAUCAGAAUAAAUGUUGAUCGUAUCGGUCAGUUUGGUUCAGUCGGUUCGGUCAGUUGGUUCAGUCAGUCAGUUUAGUCAGUCGGUUCGGUCAGUCUGGUCUGCCUGGAUUAAGACCAAUUUGGGAAACAGCUUUAUGACGGUUUCCCUUCAUUUUUUUU